UUCAACCGCCCUCAGGGGCCAUUUCCGCUUCGCACCUGUCGGAACCGAUAUAGACUCGUCGACCACCUGUCCACCGCCCUCAAUCUUUACAAGCUGCUCUUUCAGGGCUUUCAACUCUACCUCGGCUCUCGCAAUCUGCUCGCGCAGAUCUCGGGCGCUCGUGCUUAGCUGCUCCAUGGUCCAAACCACAGUCGCAUGUGGUUGAGGAAUGACGCCAAGGAGCUGGUAGCUCGAGUACCGAUAAAUAAAUGAUUAUGACGUUGUAAUCAACUUGCCGAAGAUUUCCCACCGCCUCAACCGUCGAUAAGCAUCAGACCCCUGCCAAUUGUUCCGAGCCCCACUAAAAAGUUCAACCUGCCACCCCCUCCAACAUCCAUCGUGAAGUAUAAACCACGGCCGCAAAACCAAGCCACAGAACAAAUCCUCGAUCGAGCAGUCCUCUCCUCAAGCACCUCCCAAGAAACCAAGACCAACAUGGCCCCCCGACCACCAACCCAACCCAAGCGCCCCACCGCCCGAGCCAAGGCCCUCGCCCGCCUCCGCGACCCCCUCCUGCCGCGCAAGCUCCACCGGCCCGACAACGCCGUGACCGACUCCUUCGCCGACACCAAGCGCGACAGGCGGCAGAUCCGGCGCUCGGCGUUCGUGUCGCGCAUCGCAAAGUCCGCUCCGGGCAGCGGCGGCGGCGCGGCCCAGAAACGGCGGAGGCCGAACAAGAAGCUCGUUGCGACGCUCGAGUCGCUUGGCGACGCGCUGGGGGACAUCGAGGUGGCGCCCAGGGGGGAUGAUGGGGAGCAGGAUGGGGCGCGGGGCAAGGUGCGGCAUCGGAGUAUUGCGAGUAGGCCUGGUGCGCUGAGGAGGAAGGAGAAGGUUGUGCGCGGGGAGAUGGAGAGGUUCUCGCGGAGUCUGGCGCAGCUGGCGACGCUGCCUGGCGCUGGUGGAAAGGGCGAGGGCGGUGCUGCGGCUGCGGCGGAAGCGAUGGAGACUGAGGCUGCCGGGGUUGCCGCCGCGGUACCGGCGUCGGCCUCGUCGUCGUCGACUUCCAGUCGGUUUGCGGCGCUGAGGGGGUUUAUAACUGCGACGAUGGAACAGAACCCUGCUUUUGUGGGGAAGGGCUGA